GCUUCGCUGCGCGAACGCCGACGUCGGCAUUUCUGGAUACGAGUUUUAAACAUGCCCGUAGUAAACUUUUGUCAGGGGAUUGUUUUUAUUUUACAACUUUAUGUCGAUGAUUAGUUUAACAUAACUACAUACCGAUAUCCUUUGAUUGUAUUAAGACCAAACACGGUUCGGUCACAUGUUGUGCCUCACGAGACAAGAUGGCAGUGCUGAACCUGUCAUUUUCAGCCUGUGGAUUCCUUGGGAUUUAUCAGCUUGGAGUGGCAGAGGCUCUGCUGCGUCACGGGGCCAAACUACUGGGCUCAGUGAAGACCUUCGCUGGGGCUUCUGCUGGUUCUCUGGUGGCCACAGUGUUGGUCACUGCCCCCGAAAAACUGGAGCAUGUGAAAGACUUUGCUUACAGAUUUGCCAGUGAUGUCAGGAAGCAGAAGUUUGGAGCGAUGACACCAGGAUAUGAUUUUAUGCUUAAACUAAGGGAAGGACUAGAAGACAUACUUCCUCCGAAUGCCCACGAGAUUGCUGGGGAUCGCCUGCACGUUUCAAUAACACAUGCCAGAACAAGAAAGAAUUGCAUGGUGUCUCACUUUGCCUCGAGGGAGGACCUCAUCAAGGUCCUUCUUGCCAGCAGUUUUGUGCCAGUGUAUGCUGGAAUCAAGGGAGUAGAGUACAAAGGACAGACCUGGGUAGAUGGUGGACUCACCAACUGGCUUCCUGUUCUACCAGUAGGCCGUACAAUCACCGUUUCCCCUUUCUGUGGCUCACAUGACAUCUGUCCCAAACAUGAAGACCUCAUCAGCAUCAAACUUACACUGGCCGACAUGCCCAUCAUGAUGUGCCACUCGCCAUCAGUACUGCUAGAAACACCGCAAAGCGGCAGGUCCUGUGCGGAGAAGAGCCGGUGUCACACUGUGAAUCUGGAGCUCUGUUGCCAGCGACAAAUGCGAAAAUCAUUGCUCUUACGAGCCUACUUUACAUUGUAACAUGACGGAGGCCUUCGGUUUUCCGGAAAAGUAAACGUUGUCAACGUAAGUUUGACGGGGCGCUUUGAAAAGGCCGAUCCGCCGUGCGUUCGCUGUGCUCGGUGUGUUCCGUUCCGCCCUUCCGGAUCCUUCCGUGUGUUUAGCGGCGCACGGCAAACUGUCUAUUUUUAAACUUACGUAAGUGAAAUGUCAGGAGGCUUUAUGGGAGUGACCCCCGGGGGGUCCUGCUGGGAGGACGCCCCCAGCCUACUGUGUUUACGUCUGGGAAAGAUGAAAAUAAAAUGUGUCUCGGAAUUAAAAAGCGCUUUUAAACACAUCAUUAUCGCCCCACUUUUCAGGAAGCCGAUGGAGGCUAAUGAGCUCGAGGGGAAUUUGGUUUGUGACAUCAAAAUAAGGAAUUACUGCACUGCUUCACACUUAAAAUUCCACAGACGUACCAUCAGUGUCCAGGAUUGCCUAAAACAUGGAACAGGAAGGCAGUUUGCGCUAAAAUAGGUAGUGCAGUACCUAAAGAGGCCAGCAGGUGGCGUGGUGGUUACAGCCUCACCUGCUGGACCUGGAUUCUGCGCGUUCAAAUCCCACCUCCUGCUGUACCUUAAAUCGAAGUACUAACCUCAGAUUUAUGCAGAAAAAAUGUCUUUGCUGAUUAAGUAGCUAAAUUAGUGUAAGUGCUUUGGAGAAAAGUGUCAGCUUGAUGUAAAUAUGUGAAGAAAAGGCCCAGUUUUAGUGGUGCGCACAUGACCUCUGGAGCAAUAUCGCUGUACACAACAUAGAGCGUCGCUAUCUCUCUUUUCCCAGCAUCCUUUUCCUGGCCGUCGUGUGAUGUUUUUGGCCUUCAUCAUUCUGCAACGGGUGUUUUCCUUUCUUCAGCCUGCACACACACACACCCAAAAUUAUGUGCGCCGAGAGACACGAGGGUGAGACGUGGUUUGAAUGGCGUCCACGGGCAUUAAUGGAAAGGCCUGCGGCGGCGACGGCGGCGGUGGCAGCAUCAGGGACGGGGCGAAGCGAGCAGGUGGCCAAGCUCCCAUAAUUCUCCCGAGACCCUGGAAUCGGCUCAGUCCGCAGCGCUGCUCUUUAAACUCGGCUGACGGAAAGGGAUUUGCCGACUCUCGCCGCGUGUCGGGGCGCACCACUUAGCGUAAUCUGUGAGCGCGAUAAAACCCUUGGCCUCUCUGGCGAGGAAUGAGAAACCACUUACUUUUUUUAAAGAUUUACACCGGCAGCAGGUGGCGUUGCGGUUAAGACGGUCGGCAAUGCGGGCGGCGGGCCAGGGGAGCGGAGCGCCGUGCCAUUCGAACGGUCGGAUACGGGCUGCUAGAGCGCAGAUAUGACUGAGGAACGGAUGGAGUGUGAUGGAACGCGCUGGAAGAGCACGUGUGCCGGUCGAGGAGCGGCAGGGGGCGUAGCGGUUAGAGCUGAUGCCUUGCGAUUCGAAAACUGAGAUUGAAUUCCUGCUCCCGCUGUAGCACACAGAAACGAGGUACUUACCCGGAAGUGACACGGUGAAAAUUACCCUACUGUAUAAAUGGGUAAAUGAUGACAAGCGCUUCAGUGUACAAACCCUACAUUGUAAACUGCUUUGAAGGAAAGUGUGGUUGGAUGAAUGAAUUAAUUAAAAAAAAAUAUUACAGGUUCUGGACUGUUGUGACCUGAACAGGACAAGUGGUUGGUGAAAAUGGCGGGGGGGGGUUAUAAUUUCUCUUAUUACGCCUAAGAGUUCAGCCUGGAUUUUAAACAGAAGAAGGAACGAAAGGGCUGUUUGAGCGACGGCCGGGAGGCUGGGUGACUGACAGCAUCUCGCCGCAUCGCUCUGGGCACCUGAAGACAGAUGCCUUGGAGCUGGGCCACAUCAGGAACAAAGUACUGUCGCGGGGAGCAUCCUUUUCACUGUACCCCCCCCCC